AUGACUACCACCUUGAUGGCCCUUGUUCUUAGGUGGCUGGGCUACAUCCAACCCUCACAUCUUCCCACUUCAGAACUUAUGAAGUUUGUCAUGUUUUUCAACUUCUCCAUUGCUGGAAUGAACGUCAGUCUAAUGUGGAACUUAGUAGGAUUCUACCAGGCACGCAACAAAGCUGAGUAUGAGUCCUUAAAGCUUCUUCAAGUCUGUGUCCUUAAACAUCUUCAGGUGAUAUAUGUUAAAGGACUUGGUAGAUCAUCAUAUGGUGGAAUCUUGAGUUCCAUUACUUAUGAAGCCAAUGAGAUUGCUUCUUCUGUUCUAGCAAGUAUCACAAAUCAAAGUAAGAAAAAUAAAGGGAAUUUCAAUCAAGUGAAUUUAGAUAAAGAUAAAGGUAUAGGGGAAUCAUCUACAGAAAGUACACCAGAUGGGAAUAAUGAUGUUCAGGUAUAUGAGUUGAGUUCAACAGAAGGGCCAGAAAUUGGUCUGUAUCUAUUCAGAAGAGUGCCUCAUUUCAGAAUUCUUGUAUGUGGAGGAGAUGGGAUAGCAGGGUGGGUAUUGGAUGCAAUUAAGAAGCCAAAUUACUUUUCACCCCCUCCUGUAGCCAUUCUACCUGAUGGAUCUGGGAAUGACUUGGCUAGGGUUUUGAAUUGGGGUGGUGGUUUGGGGUCUGUAGAGGGACAAAGAAGACUUUGCAUGAUGCUGCAACACAUGGAGCAUGCUGCAGUUACUGUUCUUUAUUUAUUUAAUUUUACAGAAGCAACCAGAGAUUCAUCUUUUUGCUGCUGGAUUUAG